GCUUGCACGCAGAGCAGUCAUGUCGAGAGAUGGCGAGGAUAGCUACUAUGCCACCGACGACUACGACUAUUACACCGACGACGAGGUGGACGACGACGAUGAUUGUAUGCUUGAAGUUGGCGACGAUGACGACGAUUGUAUGCUUGAAGUGGGCGAUGACAAUUAUGAUGGGGAGCCAGAGGAUGACGCCGGCGACGACGAUGAGUGUGGUUUGCAGGAGGCUCAGGAGAAGGAGGACGUCGCGUCGGCGAUGGAGAAGGCAUACGUCAUACUAACCCAGGACGGUGUACGCGCGCGGCAGGAGGAGGACGUAGCCAUGGUCUGCGAGGUGCUCUCGGUCCCGCCGGGCUUCGCCGCCGUCCUCCUCCGCCACUUCAAGUGGAGCCCCGACCUGCUCCAGGAAGCGUGGUUCUUGGACGAGCGGCGCGUACGCGACGCCGUCGGGUUGGCGCCGGGCGCCGCCGCGCCCAUGCUGGAGAACAGCCGGCGGCUCACCUGCGCCAUCUGCUGCGACCAGUUCUCCGCCGGCCAGAUGAGGUCGGCCGGGUGCUCCCACUUCUACUGCGUCGAGUGCUGGCGUGGGUACGUCCGCGCGGCGGUCGUCGACGGCCCGCGGUGCCUGUCGCUCCGGUGCCCGGACCCGUCCUGCUCGGUUGCCGUCGUGCGGGAGCUGGUCGACGCGGUCGCCGGCAGCAAGGACAGGGAGUGGUACGCGACGUUCGCGCUCCGGUCGUACGUGGAGGAGAGCACCCGGCUCAAGUGGUGCCCGGGGCCCGGGUGCAGCCGCGCCGUGGAGUUCGUCGGCUCCGGCGGCGACAGCCGGAGCAACGACGUGUUCUGCACGUGCGGGCACGAGUUCUGCGGGCAGUGCGGCGAGCAGGCGCACCGGCCGGUGUCGUGCGAGACGGUGUCCAUGUGGAUGGCGAAGAGCAGCUCGGGGUCGGCGACGGCGAGGUGGUUGCUCUUCCACACGAAGCACUGCCCCGAGUGCCGGCGGCCGAUCGAGAAAAACCACGGGUGCAUGCACAUGACGUGCCGCGAGCCAUGCUCCCACGAGUUCUGCUGGCUCUGCCUCGAGCCAUGGAAGGGCCACCGGAACUGCGGGCGGUACUGGGCCGACGGCCCGGUGGUGGGCAGCAAGGCGGCGGAGAACACGGACGAGGAGCGGCAGCGGCAGGCGAGGGCGUCCCGGAACAGGUACAUCUACCACUACGAGCGGUGGGACGCGAACCUCAGGUCGCUGCGCGUGGUGCUCGACGACAUGGAGGCGCUGGAGAGGUCGGAGCUGGAGGAGAUGGCGUCGGCGGCGGACGUGCCGGCGACGGAGCUGGGGUUCGUGACGGAGGCGUACAAGCAGGUCGGCGAGGGGCGGCGGGUGCUCGGCUGGGCGUACGCGUACGGCUACUACCUGGACCCGGAGCACGACGCCGCCAAGCGGCGGCUGUUCGACUACCUGCAGGAGGACGCCAACGCGUCGCUGGAGCGGCUGCACGUCUGCGCCGAGCAGGAGAGGAAGGUCGUGUUCACCCCCGGCGACGAGGAGGUCACCGUCGACUUCGACAAGUACCGGGCCUACAGGGAGAAGCUCGCCGGGCUCACCAUGGUCACGCGCCACUACUUUGAGAACCUCGUCAAAGCGUUCGCCGGCGACCUUGCCGAAGUUUCCUCCUCUAGCUAGGGAAAGUAUUAAAUGUCAUCUUAGUUUCUUUGGAAUCACCUGGCCCUCGU